AUGUACCGUUCCGACUACCUCACUACACCAUUCCCCAAGCCCACCGGCAGAUUCGCUCACAUCCCCGUCAAAUCAGUCUACGGGACCUUCGAUACCUCGCUGAAUAAGGCCUGGGACACUGUCGGUCCCCAGAUUGUCGACAUCAUCCCCGGUUCUACCUCCCGCGACACCGCCCACGAUGUCUCUCAGGCGAUCCUCGCCCUUCUGCGGAAGAACAAUGUCAAGGACGUUGUCGUAGAAUGGAGGGAGGCAGUCCCGCAGUGGCUGGCUGGCCCCCCGCUCUUGCGACAUGCCUCCGACCGCGAUGCCACCCACUACGUCCGCCGAUUCCUCACUGCUCUUCUCGCGGUUCCCCUAACCACCGAAGAUAUGGAGGAUGACCACUCCCAGGGCACACUUACCCUUUGGUUUCUCGAGAACAAAACCAACGACGGUAAACCCAGCGACAAAGUCUACGGCCUCAGCAACUGCCACGUCCUCCGCAAGGAUACCACCGUCGAUUACUCUCUCAAGGGCGGCGCACCCAAGGACCAUGUCCGCGUCUGCGGAAUGCGCCGGUUCCAGCGCGGCCUCGACGAGAUCACCAAAGCCGUUGCUGACCGCGUCUUUUUCGCUAACAUGUACGCCCAAGACAUCGCCAGGCUCCAAGCGCAGGAGAACCAGGGCCCGGAGACCGCGGAUGAUCUGGAGUGGAAUCGAAGCAAACUAGAAGAUGAAAACAGAGCCAUCGCCAGCCUCGAGCGCCUCCACGACGAAGCGACCAAAUAUUGGUCCAAUAUCAAGCUACAGCGCAACAUCGGCCACGUCGAAUAUGCUCCGAAAAUUAAGGUUGACGAAGGCAACACACGAUACACGGCAGACUGGAGCGUUUUCGUGGCUGCGGAGGCGAAGGUCAAGGGUGCCUUUGAAGGCAACGUGGUCGAUCUUGGAUCCAAGUUUUCUGCUCCGGAGUUAACAGCGAUGUUCUAUCCUGUGGCUGGUGGAGCGACCACGUUCAAGUAUCCCUCGGGGAGGAAGCUGAAGAUUUCCGGCUGCGCCUCGAAGGAGGACCUCGCCGUCCCUGCAGAGUUCGACAUUCAAGGCGAGCGAUGCCUUAUGGUCGGCAAGGAUGGGAACACCACCGACCUCACCGUUGGUCGCUACGCCGGCCUGGAAUCGUUCACUUUCAACGCAGCUGGCGUCGUGUCCAGGGAGCUCGCCAUCUACAAUUCCGGAAACAAGGCCGUCGAAGUCUUCUCUGCCAAAGGAGACUCGGGAUCCCUCGUUUGGCAUAUGAGGGACGGCAAAGCGUACAUCGUCGGCCAACUCCACUCGGGCCACAACAAAGGCGGUUCGACCAGCAACCACGUCACCUAUUGCACUCCAGGUUGGUGGCUCCUGGCCGAGAUUAAGAAGAAGUACAAGAACGCCGUCUUUUACCCCGAAACUUGGCCGGUUCGAGCGUAA